CCUCCUCCCACCCACUCACCCUCGUCCCAAGUCAAAGUGGACACGCACACACACACACACACACACACACGCAGAGAGCAAACUCUCCAAAAUGACGGUGGAGAGGAUAUUUGAUGAGCUCGGACAUUUUAAAAGGUUUCAGGCAUGCAUAUACUUUGCGGCCGCCUUUCAGGCAAUGGCCUGCGGGAUCCACUACCUGGCUUCCGUCUUCCUGGUGGAGACGCCGAACUUUGUCUGCGGCGUUCCGUCCAACGUCACGGACGUUUUAUUUGGCAACCUGAGUGGGUCCAGUCUGAACGACUUCCUGCCCGUCUUCAAAGCAGAUACGGGACCUUUGGUGGUCAGGACCCCCGGCGGGGAUCAGUGGGAACUUAGCCGAUGCCAGCGGGCCUUGCGGCUCCAUCCCAAAGACUUUACGUAUGCCUUUGGCGGCAAUAAAUCGGUGGAAUCGUGCGACGGGGGUUUUGUUUAUGAUCACAGUGAAGUGUAUCAGAGCAUUGUGACGGACUGGGACCUGGUGUGCAACCAAGCUUGGCUGGCCAAGCUGUGCCAGCCCACCUUCAUGUUGGGGGUGCUGAUCGGGGCGCUUGUGUUUGGGGAUAUCGCUGACAGAGUCGGUCGAGUGAAGAUCCUGAUGUUCACCAGCCUCUGUCAAUUUGGACUUGGGGUGUGUGUGGCCUUCUCCGCUAACUACUACUAUUUUGUGGUUUUCCGCUUCCUCCUGGCCAUGGCAUCCAGCGGCUAUCUGGUGGUGGUGUUCGUGUACGUGACCGAGUUCACCGGCAUCAGGGUCCGCACGUGGACCUCCAUGCACGUGCACGCCGCCUUCGCCGUGGGCAUCAUGGUGGUGGCUCUGACGGGCUACCUGGUGCGCGUGUGGUGGAUCUACCAGAUCAUCCUGUCGCUGUGCACCUCGCCCUUCCUGCUCUUCUGCUGGAAGCUCCCCGAGACGCCGUUCUAUCUCAUCGCCAAGGGGAGGUACAAGGAGGCGCAGAGCCUGCUGGACACCAUGGCCCGCGUCAACGGUUUGGAAAGCCGACUGAGGGUGGAGGAGCUCCUGGAGCCGGAGGAGAAGAACGUCAGAGCGCUGCUGGAGAAGGAGGAGAAGGUGGAGGAGGAGGAGACGGGACGCUCUCUCGAGAAGCUGUCCAUCCUGGAUUUGUUCGGCAGCUGGAGGAUGGCGGGGCGCACGGGCACCGUGUGGGCCAUCUGGUUCAUCGGCAGCCUGGGCUACUACGUCUUCUCGCUGGGAUCCGUCAACCUGGGGGGAAACCAGUACCUCAACCUCUUCCUCGUCGGUGCCGUGGAGCUUCCCUCCUAUCUGGUGGGCUGCUUUGCCAUGGACCGCAUUGGACGCAAGAAGACAUGUGCCCCGGCCUUGCUGCUGGCGGGGGUUGCGUGCAUGCUUAUCAUACUGGUCCCUGCUGACAUCGAGGCCCUGGCCAUCGCUCUCAGCAUGAUCGGAAAGUUCGCCAUCGCCAUCGCCUUCGGUCUCAUCUAUCUGUACACUUGUGAGCUUUACCCCACUAUCAUCAGGUCUCUGGCAGUGGGUAGCGGCAGCAUGAUGUGUCGCGUAGGUAGUGUGGUGGCACCGUUUUGCGUGUACCUGGCCGACGUCUGGAUCUACCUGCCUCAGCUCAUCGUGGGUAUCCUGGCUUUCAUCAUCGGCAUCCUGACGUUGAUGCUGCCUGAGACGCUGGGCAAGCCCCUAACGUCCACCUUGAAGGAGGCCGAGGCUCUGGGACAAAGCGACAAGAAGAAGGAUGCGGCAUGCGGGCUGGAGAUGAACCAGCACGCGCCAGGCUCCAUUUGAUGAUAGAGAGCUAAGGAAAGGCUUGGACGGAGCCCUAGAAGAUUCAACUCAGAUCAACUUAAACCAAGCCACUGGAAAUUACUCCAAGGAACUCCACCACGUGCUCUAUCCGGGCUGGCCACUGGUAGGAGGCUCUUGUAGCCGUCCCUGACACACACUCCCUACUACAAGGGACUAAGGACUCUAACUUAGUUAGGACACUUGCUUAUUUCUUACAUUUAUGUUUCUGGAUUUGAAUAAGGUACUAUUGUUAUACAAGGAGAUUGAGAAGUUAAUUAUUCACACCAAAUAGCUAUUUAUUUUUCACUGUUGACAUGUCACCCAUUUUUCUGCAAAACAGUAUAAGGUGCCACCCCCAAACACAAUUUCCCAGGCUUCGUUUCCUCUCUCGGACCAUUCCGAGAUUUAAGACAUCUUGCCAACUAUCUAUUGCAUUUGAUUUCAAUGAUAUACAGCAACUAUUGGCCACCUUAAGGUUAAAACUCGGUUUGGGUCUCAAAUUACAGAUUUAAAGUAGUAUUAGGGCAUUAGCAUUCCAAAUGGACGGAAUUUUGCUUUUGGCGGGCCGGUUCGUCCCAAUCCCCGCCGACAGGGGGCGCCCGCCGACCAUUGUCAUAACUCGGGAGGAUCAGUGCGUUGGCUAGCACCUGCCACGGUGCGCUGCUGCCCUCUGUUGACCACAAACUGCAAUUGCAUUCGGAACAAACAGUCCAGCAAAUGUCCCACCAGGGUGACUUGACUUUAUUCACCUUCUUCCACAUUUUCAUUGAAAGCUACCAUUGUUGGUCACAUGCCCGCAAAAUCGACUUCAAGAUGUCUGCUGUAGUGCAACGUUAAUAUUCAUAUUUGUCCAUCGUAUUCUACGUACAGUCAUUGAGUUGUAAAUAAGCAGGCCUUUAACUUGUUGAAUAUGUGCAAAAGUACAAGGGUGUCGUAUUUGGGGAUGCAGCACAGAACCUGGAUUGGGUCACUUUAAAUC